AGUAGAAAAGACAACUGACUACCCUUCCGCUGAAUACUCUCUGGUGGAGGAUGUAGCCCUCCACUUCACGUGUUUGAUGGACAGACUGAACGAGCAGCGCCUGUUUCAGCCGGACCUGUGCGACGUGGACAUCGUCCUAGUUCAGCAGAAGAGCAUCUUCCCCGCCCACAAGGGGGUCCUUGCCGCGUACAGCCAGUUCUUCCACUCUCUCUUCACCCAGAACAAGCAGCUGCAGCGGGUAGAGCUCUCCCUGGAGGCCUUGACUUCCCAAGGCCUCCAGCAGAUCCUCAACUUCAUCUACACCUCCAAGCUGCUGGUGAACGCCUGCAAUGUGCAGGACGUCCUGAACGCCGCCGCCGUGCUGCAGAUGAACAACAUCGCCUCCUCCUGCCAGGAGCUCAUCAACACCAGAUCCCUCAGCCUGGCCAUGGCCAGCGACAUGGCCCUGCCCCCCGACGCCUGUGGCAACUCUGUCCCCCCGCAGUACUACUGUGAGAUUAAGCAAGAGGUGGACUCUCUACACCCCAAGAUCUAUGCCCGGGAAGGAAACGAUCCCUACUCGGUGCGAGUAGAGGACAGAAUGGGUGGAGACGGCAACCAGCACCUCCCGGCUGUGGCUGCCAAGCAGUAUUACAAGGAGGAGAAGGACAGUGGCCUGGCCACCAUGUGUAAGAUGGAGGGCGGGGAGUCUGAGGAGGAUCUGGACAGCCAGAGCUCUUACAACCGGGAGCAGAUCAUUGUGGAGGUGAACCUCAACAACCAAACCCUCAAUGUCUCCAAGGGAACGGAAGGGAAGCCCACCGCCAACGAAGCUGCCGCCGUGAUCAGCCGACCGGAUGGGGAUGGACGUGACACCGAGGAGGAAGGGGAGGAGGAAAACGAGGAAGCAGGGGGGGAGGAGGAGGAGGACGCUGAGGUGGGGGAGGAGGAAGAGGAGGAACACAGCGAAGAGGAAGACCUGGAGGAGACCAGCGAGGAGGAGGAGGAAGAGGAAGACGAUGAAGAGGUGUCCGAAGUGAAAAGGGAAAAAUCUGGGCAGCCCCGCAGGGGGAGCAGGUCAUCCAAAGCCACCAAGUCCACCAUGUCCACCAGGUCCCAGGAUCUGGCCAAGGUGGUGGAGGAAGAGGAGGGCCAGCGUGGGAGGAAGAGGAAAAAGGAGCAGGAUGGGCUGGGCCCGAAAGUCAAGCUGGAAGAGAAGCAGCACUACCCCUGCAAGAAGUGCCCCCGCGUCUUCAACAACCGCUGGUACUUGGAGAAGCACAUGAACGUCACCCACAGCCGCAUGCAGAUCUGCGACAAGUGCGGCAAGCGCUUCCUGCUGGAGAGCGAGCUCCUGCUGCACCAUCAGACGGACUGCGAGAAGAACAUCCAGUGUGUGACGUGCGGGAAAGCGUUUAAGAAACUCUGGUCUCUGCACGAACACAAUAAAAUUGUCCAUGGCUACGCGGAGAAGAAGUUCUCCUGUGAAAUCUGCGAGAAGAAAUUCUACACCAUGGCACAUGUGCGGAAACACAUGGUUGCUCACACCAAGGAUAUGCCGUUCACAUGUGAGACGUGUGGGAAGUCGUUCAAACGCAGCAUGUCCCUGAAAGUCCAUUCUCUUCAGCACUCCGGGGAAAAGCCUUUUAAAUGUGAGAACUGCAACGAGCGAUUCCAGUACAAGUACCAGCUGCGCUCUCACAUGAGCAUCCACAUCGGACACAAGCAGUUCAUGUGCCAGUGGUGCGGGAAGGACUUCAACAUGAAACAGUAUUUCGAUGAGCACAUGAAAACGCACACGGGUGAGAAGCCCUACAUCUGCGAGAUCUGCGGCAAGAGCUUCACCAGCCGCCCCAACAUGAAGCGCCACCGCCGGACCCACACGGGAGAAAAGCCCUACCCCUGCGACGUGUGUGGCCAGCGUUUCCGCUUCUCCAACAUGCUCAAGGCCCACAAGGAGAAGUGCUUCCGGGUCAGCAACCCCCUGGCUUCGGACACCACCAACCCCGCCAACAACGGCGGCGGCCUCUCCGCUCCCCAGGGUGCCCCCUCGCCUCACUCACUCACUUUGCCGCUGCUCCACCCCCUCCCCCCUCCUCCUCACCUACCGCCACCGCCUCCCCUGUUCCCAGCCGGGCGGGUCAAUUCGAACAACUAGGCCAGCGUGCGCACGGACUGCUCUGCCACGCAGGGAGUGCCCAGUGGGCUGCUCGGUUGCGUGAUGCGGGGAGAAGGAGGGAGGCGGUUAAUUCUCUCUCUUUCGAUUUUUUUACCCUCCCUUGGUUUUAUGAUGAGUCCGUCAGCCUUCUGGCGAAAGGACAGGUGCUCUGGGCCACAGCAAGCUCCCAGGCAGCUUGGCGUGCCGGCGUUCAAUCAGGGUGUAGACAAACGGCUCUUCUUUCCCUCCUCGUUCCAUGGCUUUAGCGUUUCCCAAGUCCCGGUCAGACUCCUCCUCCCGCCUCACUAGGCAUUGUUGGUGAGCUGGUUUACAUCUGCCGCCUAGUGCACUAUUGUAUCAGGGUAACCCUUGCCACAAUGUCUUCCCGCUUGCACGUGUUCCUCCAUGUGCCGUGCGAGUACGUUAGACUAACGAAGGGCACAGCUCAGCUCAGUCCCAUCGAGCCAUUUGCACUAGUUCCUCACGGCAGCGGUAAGGGGGUUUUUAGGUGUUUUUUGUCUCGUGAGGCAGCACUUUUAGCUUUGCCGGUGGCUAUUAGUCAGGAACUUGUCCGCGAUGCAUCCUGUGCAAAAUGUUUAAUCAGGGUUGCGCCCCUCUUUAGUAUGCCAUUGAAACCACCUGAAAAGACUACAUAUCCCAGCAUGCAGUGCUGUUCCGAAUGGCUUUCUGCUGGGCGAAGGAAGGAACAUAGCAUGCUGGGAGCUGUAGUCUUUGCAGGCUGUGGUAAAGAUAAGGGUUGCCACAUUGCACACUUCGGGUCUGUGCUGCUGUCAGAGGUGUCACUGCGGCACCUGUAGACGUACCUGAGCUAGCUUUGAUCUAGCUAGCUUGAAGAACAUUUGCACUGAAACUGCAGCGGCAUGUGCCAUGCACACCCAUCCAGGGUCUUGGCUACGUACUCAAACAGCUAGUCUGUACUGCCGUAGCGUCACUGCUGUUGUUAUUUGAGCUAGCUAGAUCAAAGCCAGCCUUUGGCAUGUCUACACGUGCUGCCAUCACACCCCUCUGAUUGCAGCAUAGACCAGCCCUUUGGUAACCCUGCUCUAGCCACCAUAAUGGGUGUUUCAGCCCAAAUCAUCAUUCUCUGGGAAAACUGCCCAAGACAUGGGCACACAGAGAUGCAAGGAUGCACGGGAGCUAGAAUCCCUGUGAGACUACCUAUUUCACACAGUGAGUCAGCCGCAGGAACAGUCACAAGGAAAGGCCGAGAUGCUAUGUUAUUCUGUGCAUGGUGGAGGGGGAUUUCUAAGUGACACAGGCUACGAAAGCAAAGGAUGGUAAUAUUUCAUGGCAGCUACACAGAUUAGAGGUAGUGGCUGUUAUAUGUAAUCUAGCAUAGUUGUGCUUGAGCCCGUCCCUCGUCCUGAAAGGCUGGUACUGCGGGAGAGAUCUUUCAAUGAGUUCACCACUUCAUUACAGGAAUCCCCUGGUCAUGGCUGAAAUCCAAGCCAGGUUAGGGAGGAUGAGACGUUACCACUCUCUGGCGUCUCCAGUGGCCCACAUGACAUAGAACCCUAGAAUAUCAGGGUUGGAAGGGACCUCAGGAGGUCAUCUAGUCCAACCCCCUGCUCAAAACGGGACCAAUUCCCAACUAAGUUAUGAGUUAGGGGGCUGUGUAUUAGUGGACAGAGGCCCACGUCUCAAAACCCACCAUCACAGCCUGCUCUUGUUAGCAGCCCUUGUUAUGUCUUCCUUCCCAACCGGGAUUCCAACCCCCCCGCCCCCUUCCCCUGCAAUUUGUUAGACUAAAGCCCCAACCCAGACAGCUGGGUUUAACGAAAGGAUUCACUAGCUCAAUAUGAUUUUUUCCCCAAAGGGGCUCAGACCCAUGAUAAAAUCCCAGCUCCGAUGCUAGAAAUGAGCCCCGUGUUUCUAGGAAAUGGGCUGGAGCUGUGUGGGGGCUCCGGUGGUGGAGCCGGAGCAUUCCCGUGGUGAGCUCUCCGUUGGUCUUUAGACGAAAAAGCAGGUUGGAAAGUCGUUCCACUCCAGCCUGAACGGCGCAGCAGGAUCUAGUCCUAGGCUGGACUUCCCUGGAAGUUACUUGUCAUAAUAGUGCCUUACCGUUAUUGAAAGUAAGCUCCCCAGUGUGUGCUCGGGAGUCUGGUUAGCCUGAAGGCUGCACGCCAGCUCUGAUAACCUGCCCGUAGUACCAAGGAAGGGCAGUGGUUCGUCUCCUUUUCCUCCUUUCAUGUCUCAUGUCCCCCAGCCCCAGUACUUUACUCUCCUUUAGGAGUCCAGUUUUGCCUUCAGUCACAGCACAGUGAGCCUUUGUACAGCGGGAGUGCAUUUGAGGGCUUUAGCAUGGAGUUGGCUACUAGAAUUCAGUGGCCCUCUAGCCAGAGGCUGCCUUAUUGAUGAAGGGGCCUGGCAAGAAGGACAAGCACCUUAUAAAAUGUGGCAAGCCCAUGUGAGCUUCAGGUCCGGCAACUUUAACUCCCUCGCCUGGCUCCGUGAUACUACUUGACUGAUGUGGGGUUGUGCCACGUUACUUAGAGUGCUAUUUCAGACUAGGGAAGCCCUUUUUGCAUUUGCCUCUGGCGGGGGAUAGCUCAGGUCACUGAAGUGCAGCAGAACAGUACCCAUCCCGGCCUCUGCUGGCUCUGUCUGAAGCGCCAUCAUGUAGGUGGGCUUUUCUGUCUCUUACACUGACAACUCUCAUCUUGCAUUUCACUUAUUAAGGUCUGUUUCACACUAGUGGAGUACAGCUUAUAACCCUGAUGUCAUGUGGCUGGCACGGGCCAUGGUCAGGGAAUGGCAGCUCAUUUAGGCCCUGUCUAGAAUGGCUUUUUUGUUACCUCCCAUGGCCUAAAAUGGGGCUUGCACUUAUGUGACUUACCUUAGGAAAAGCCCCGUUUUGCAGCAGUGCGGUGUCUGUACUUUAGAAGGUUGCAACGGUAUAACCACACCGAUGUAAUUCCCCUAGUCUAGAGGCUUUCUCUAGUCCAAACAAGCCCUCAAGGCUAGAUCCUGCAGUACUCUAAGCACCUCCUAGGAGGCACCUUCAACUCCCAUUGGUGUGUGGGGGGUGUUUUGCACUGCUCUAAGAGCUGCUCGGCACCUUGCAGAGUGGCAGAAGGCAGUGCUGACUGAGGUCGUUUUAUUGCCCCUUAUGUAUCUCCUUCUGGUCCCAAUGUGUGGUGGAGCAGGAUCUAGGAGAAAAGGCUAUACUGAAAUAUAUUGGCCAGAUUCAUAGUUGGCAAUGCGAGCACUGCCACUGGGAUAUGAAAAAGGGAAGCAGGAGGGAGAAGACACACGUAGUCAGCUGAAGAAGCCCGUUCUCGUUAGCAGUUUGUUCUGUUGGCUUUAUAGCUUCAGUCGAGACACCUACAUGUGUGGAGAUUCUGAGCUGCGGCUGGCUAAGGCAGAAGCUGCAACGGCGUGUCUUAAUAGCCCCAACUCAUCAAAGCAUUUAACACAUGCAGGCGGCCAUCUUUAUUUAACGCCCAUGUGUUUAAGCCUCAUUGAAGUCAACGGGAUUUAACCAUGUGCUUAAAGUUAAGCGUGAGCUUAAGUGCAUUGCUGACUAGGGCUAGACUGCUGACUCGUGACUUUAAUGCCUGAUCCACUUCGCUCCUGCUUGGCACACCAAGUGCACGUCCAGUGCUGCCCCCCCACAUCUGGCACCUCCUCGUUAGAGCACCGACUGGCAUUGAAAGGCACAUCACUUUUCACAUCCAUUGACCCCUUCUCUCGCCUGUGUCAGCCGCAGCCUCUAUAUCGCAAUCAGUUAACGUCUUGUAUUGCAGAUUCUGUGCUCGCAGACAGUCUGGUUCGGCUUCAUGCGAAGUGAGGUGACUGCUGAAUGGGCUGCCGGUAUGGCUGUGAGCACCUCAGAUCAGUGGCAGAUAUCCCAUGGGACAGGAUGUCCUACUCAGCUGCUUCCACAGGUCCAGCAUCCUGCGUGUUUUAGGACUGUCCAGCAUCUUUUAGAUAUCACGUGUCUGCAAGGAGACCUGAUGUCUCAAGAGCUUGGCAAAGAGCUAGAGACCCUCAUUUAUGUCACUGGUGUGAACCCAACCCAAGUUGGUCAUGACUGGAAGGUCUUACCCCCUGAGGAUGGCCGACCGAAGGCCUAUGCCAUGGGGGGGGGUCUCAUCCCAUGUCAUUAAAAGCCACCUCCAUCGUUGUCCCUCUUGCCUAGCCCCUGGGGAAGACUCUACAGAGGUCAUGGAAAGAAAGGGCCAUGCACACCGAUUUCCCCUGCCACUCCUACUCUUCCAAGUCAGGGUUGAGGCAGGUUAGCAGGGCGCCGUGAGGAUAGGUAGCACUGCCCGUAAUGGGGCUGUUCCAUGGCCAGAAAAUGUCAACCUCCAGGGCUGAGAAACUGGUCCCUUUCCCCAGCAUUGAAUCUCCUCCCACAAACGCGCACUUCCCAAAAAGGAAAGUCAUUGAUUGCCUAGAAUCCAAUUGGAAUCACUCACUUCUCCCCCACCCUGCUGCAGUUUCUCAGUGUGCCUGUCUCAGGGGCCUGUUCUUCCUCACAGACUGGGGUAAAUCCAGUGGGAUGCCUUCUAUGUAUGCAAAACGUGCAUUGCAUGCACAACCGGCUGGGCACAACCCCCUGGAGGACCCCAUUCUGUAGAACAAAAUGGCAUCCUCCAGCCAGCCUGCCCUCGCAUGCGCCGCACAUGCAAGGUCACGGCGCAUGGAGGACACUAUUUUGGAUUGCCUAAGAUGCGCAGGUGAGUUGUUGCGUGUCUUACUAAAGCUGCCACAGCGCGCCACAAGGAGACCUGGUCGUGACCCCACUAAAGCCAGCGUUAAGCAGGUGUAAGCGGGAGGAGAAUCCAGCCACUUGGUGAUAUGGGCAGAUACAGGUGCAUAAAGAACCCAUCCACGCCUGUUUGCCCAUUUGGAUUCAUUUUAAAAUGUUGCCCAGAGAGCAGCCUGGAGACAGCAGAGCAGGGCAUGCACACGAACACUUAGGGAGCCAGAUCCCUGGGGCUCCAAGGCCAGGAUGGAGAGACACCUCCAGGACUCCUGCGCCAUCUCUGAACCCUUUUGUCUACACCCUUAUUGAGUCUAAAUGUGUUGAUUUGGGUAUUUUUGUGACCAUACCAAGAGCUGAAGCAAAUGGCUCCAGAAGCGUAUUGGCCCAUGUUCGUCCCUGUUAGAACUCCUACAAAGCCUCUUGAGUUCGACCAGGGGAGAAAUUCGGCCUGUUGUUUUCAAUCUUUUUAUUAUUUGAAUUCUUGCACCUUAACCCCUCGCAUCCCUCCUUCAAUGCGCCACGAGUCUGAGAGGGGCUUCAUUUCCACUAGCAGUUAAUGAACGUUCAGCAAACAACUCUGCACACACACACACCUGCCCACUCCCCCAGCCUCAUUUUCUUGGGUUGAACUUGCAGGGAGGGGGCGAUGGUGGGGAUGGUCUUUGUUUUCAAUUUCCCAGGAACCUGGUAGCCCAGACCGGUUUGCCUCAUAGUGUUCAUAAAGCAGGGCUGGCCCCCUGGCCGACAGCCAUAACGAGAACGCAGCCAGAGGGGUGACAGACUGAGAUGGCUGUGACGCAGUGCAAUAGCUAAUUGGCAUCAGCUGCUGGACAACCUUGAUUUUUAACUCUUUACAGACAGACACCUUUGGUCCACAUGGAUGGAAGCAGCGUUCCACCACAGCCCUGCCUAGAGACAAAUCAUCCAUGAAGGGAAGGGGUGGGUAGUACCUAAUAAAAGAACAACCUCAGUAGCAUGGAACUUGAAGGAAACAAACUAACAGAAAAAGAAACAAGCACUUCACUUGCCUCAAACUAGUUUCUAAUGCCUGACGUUUGGCUGUGUAUUAUUUUAUGGCACUCAGUAUCUGUUGCCCAAACAUGCCAAGUAAAGAGUGUAUCGGUGGCUCUACUAGUUGUGAACAAAAUAAAUGAAGCACUUUAUUCUGUGUAGAUACGGGGAAGGGGGUUGGGGGAGUUCAGAUGCUUUCCAAAAGCAUCUUAAGUAAUGUUCUAGGAAAUGUAUUAUUACUACAUUUUUUUUUUAAUGACCAUGUGUAAUCAAUAUAUGUUUAUCUUUAACUCCAA